UCGCUCCGACAACCGUCCGCGCGAUGGUAGUGCGCACGCGCAUAACAUAAAAUAUCUAAGUUAAACAAAGUAUUAAACGAAUACGCGAUACGAAAUAACUGAAAUAAUCGUUUAUUAGUACAAUAUAAGAUAUAAAUACGGCACAUAUAUUUAUCCAGUUGUACUAUAUCUUUACACAAGGACUUAAGCACACGGUUUUUCGUAUUAUUAGCCAAUGAAAUAGGACUUAUUAUACGGUGAAGCGAAAGAUUUCAGUGAAGUGAUAAUAAAAAUAUUCAAAAUGGUGCUUCUAAAAUUUGUGUUUUGUUUCGGCUUGCUGCACAUGGUGUCUGCUAAAGGUUCAGAAUCCCGGGUGCAAUGUACUCCAGAAGUGAUGGCGGUCACCGUUCCCAUGGAUGGAGACAGGAAGAUCACCUAUCUCGACAACCUUAAAGAUUACAAACCCUGCCUACCGAAUAUCGAGAACAAUGCUGCGACUUUUGUCCUCGAUUUGCAGGACCAUCACAAGUGCGGAGUAACCAGAGUCAUCAAUCAAAUUACGGGCAGACGUACGUUCUACCACAAGAUAAUGAUAGAACUGGGCGAUGGCGGACGAGAGACAGUGACAGUUCGCUGUAUGGUCACCGGCAAACCGCAUCUACUCGCCAGGCGAGCUGUGGAGCCAUUCCCACUAGACUUUAACGAACCUGAUGUCCUAAACAUCACGAGAUACGAGGAAGGUCGUGCACCAGAACCAGUAUUAGGAGCAGUUGUAAAGCAAAAUGGCAAACAGGUGUCUGGCGAGAUAUCAGUCAGUCCCGGCACUCCGCUGUCUAUGGAGAUCUUCUUGGACAACUCCUCGGCGCCGGUGUACGGUCUGCUUGUUAGUUACAUGCAAGUCACUGAUACCGGCAAGCAGCAGGAGACCAUUGUCUUCAAUGGUUGUUCUGUGGACCCUUACUUAUUCGACAACUUCGUGACGACCGACGGCGACGUGCUCGCGGCCAAGUUCAAAGCCUUCAAGUUUCCGGACACCACUUACGUGCAGUUCCGAGGAACUGUCACCGUUUGCUUGGACAAAUGCCAGGGGGUCCAAUGCAGUAACGGCGCAAUAGGAUACGGCAGAAAACGGCGUUCAGUUGCCUCCAGCGCUGACUCCAACAAAGUAUACGAAGUAUCUUUGACCACGUUCAUCAAGGUCGACUGGACUGACCCAGAUGCCGCCAGAGACUCGGAAUAUCUGUCGCUAUUAAAAAAUCUGAAGGUAGCUAAUCAGAAGCUAGGAGAUAUCGACGGCACGCCUGCCACAGUCGCCGAGCACACACAGGACAAUAGGCUGGUGAUACACUCGACGGAACAAAUCAACGCCGCCAAUGUACUCACACAGAGUUGCGUACUGCUUUUCAUUGGCUUACUAUUAGCGUAUUAUUAAUAUUACAUUAACUAUUCAUUUAUUUUAUAAAUAAAUGUAAAUUAAAUGGAAUGUUCUAGAUCCCGAUAAAAUUUAUUUAUUUGUAUGUUCGCAUUUAAAUGCAGAUUGUGAGAGAGACGAACUUAUACUAAAGAGCGAGACAUACUAUAAAUUUGUUGUUAACAUUAGAAAACUCUAUCUUUAUUACAGAUCAUAUUUUGAUUUACAUUUAUUUAAAAAUAAAUGAAUACAGUACUCUAGUUUGUCAAACAGCUACCGAAUUUUAAAUGAAAAAAAAAAUAAUUAAACUUUAGACACAUUUUAUAGUGUAUGGAAAUCAUAAAAACAAAUUCUCUAAUGACUUUUAUAUAAUUUUUGAAGAUACAGAAACUUACCGUGGGUUUCUGAGACCA